UCCAGUUAUUACCGGCCUCGCUCCCCUGUCCCCUUCCCCCUCUGGACUCUGCUCUGCUGCUCCCUUCUCUAGCCUAGCCUAGCCUGCCUGGGAGAGAGAUGGCCGGGAUGGCACCGGCGACGGUGGAGGUGGUGGAGGAGCUCACGCGGUUGUACCGGGAGCUGCCGCCGCGGCCGGCCGUGGAGGACGUCGAGGCGGCGGCGGCGGUGCUGGCGUCAGCCGACGCGGAGGAAGAGGCGCGGCUCGGCGAGGUCGCGCGGGAGGAGGCGGCGCGGAUGCGGGAGGGCGUGCCCGGGGAGCUCCUCUCCGUGCUGAGGGAGGCGAGGCGCGCCGCCGUCCGGCUCCACGCGCUGCAGCAGCGCAAGGAGGCCGCGCACGUCGUGGAGCUCGAGAGGCGGUUCAAGGUGCUCGACGGCUUGAUCCAGCGGGCGUCGCGGGUCCUGUCGUCCGCUUCUUCUUCCGGUGAAGGAGGCGGCGGCGGUGGUGUGGAGCAGGAGGGGGAGGUCGUCGCGGAGGAGACGGAGGCCAAGCGGCGGAACGACGUGGCCGCGGCGCCGGCGAUUGUGGAGAUAGAGCGCGGAAACAUGGGCCUUGGCUUCGGCUUGGAGGCCGUCUCGUCGCUCCGUCGCCAUGGUUCUACAGGUAGUGAUAUGGUGGACCAGAAACUCAGCCUUAUCCAAGUGGCAAGCCUUAUAGAGUCAUCAGCAAAGAAAGGGAUCACAGAGCUCAAUCUCCGAGGGAAGCUGGUGGACCAGAUCGAGUGGCUCCCUGUUUCACUUGGGAAGUUGCAAGAUGUUACUGAGCUUGAUAUAUCUGAGAAUAGGAUCAUGGCACUCCCAUCAACAAUUGGUAGCCUUAGAUACUUGACAAAACUUGACCUCCACUCAAACCAACUGAUCAAUCUGCCUGAUUCAUUUGGGGAACUCUCCAGCCUAAUUGAUCUUGAUUUGCAUGCAAACCAGCUUAAGUCUCUUCCUACAUCAUUUGGAAAUCUCACAAGCCUAGCAAACCUUGACCUGAGCUCGAAUCAGUUCAGGAUUCUGCCAGACUGUUUAGGAAAAUUGACGAACUUAAGAAGAUUAAUAGCUGAGACUAACGAGCUUGAAGAGCUACCCUAUACUAUUGGAUCUUGCAUGUCUCUUGUGGAGCUUAGGUUGGACUUCAAUCAGUUAAAAGCCCUUCCAGAAGCUAUUGGGAAGUUGGAGAAGCUAGAAAUUCUCACAUUACACUACAACAGAAUCAAAGGCCUGCCUACAACAAUUGGCUCGCUUACCAGAUUGAGAGAGUUGGAUGUCAGUUUCAAUGAAGUUGAAGGUAUCCCUGAGAGCAUUUGCUUUGCGACUAGCCUUGUGAAGUUGAAUGUCAGCAGGAACUUUGCUGAUUUGAGAGCGCUACCAAGAUCAAUAGGAAAUCUUGAGAUGCUCGAGGAGUUGGACAUCAGCAGCAACCAGAUACGAGCACUGCCAGAUUCAUUCCAGUUCCUUGCAAAGCUUCGUGUAUUUCAUGCUGACGAGACUCCGCUGGAAGUACCACCAAGAGAAGUUAUAAAGUUAGGGGCUCAGGCGGUUGUCCAGUAUGUGGUUGAUAUGGUUGCUUCAAGAGGAGCAAGCCAGAAGGAAACAGAUCAGGCAAGCUUCUGGGCCUGGCUUCGCUCACUGUUUGGUUGCUGCAAAAAGGAUGAAGAACUGGGAUUGGUUGCAGCGUAAAGAAGUUCAUAUGUAUGUAUCAUCAUGCAUUAUUUGUGCUGUUGGUAUCAAUUCAUAUAUCCGAAGUCAGCAAUGAAAGGAAGGUUGCUCUUCAUGUUGAUUCUUUUCAUUCUGCCCUAAGUUUCUGUAUAUGUUGUUUUGUUUUUGCUGGGAUAUGUAUAUGUUUUCUUGUAUACAAGAUUCAUUUCUUGUUCUUUCUGCAAGAACUUGUAAGAUUCACUGUUGUGUGUAACUUCACCUGUACUAUAUACUGGAGUACUACAUUAAAUAAAAGAAUGUCUGUUUGACAUUUAUAUGCAA